AUGGAACAACUACACCAAUGGUUCCAGUCUAACGGCCUGGCCUUGAACAAGGAAAAAACAUGUUUCAUAACGUUCAAGUUAAAUGGUCACCCGAGCCCAACCCUGAAGGUGUGUAUGGGCGGUGCCCCUAUACAGCAAGUUUCCUGCACACGCCUUCUGGGUUUCCAGCUCGACAGCGCAUUAACGUGGGAGUCCCAUAUCGAUGAGCUGUGUGGCAGGUUGGGACGGGCAUGCUAUGCGCUACGGCGCUUAGCGAGCACCGCCGGGCUGUGCGCGGUGCGCGAGUGCUAUUACGCAACUAUGCACUCACUCCUCACCUAUGGCGUGGAGUUAUGGGCCCGCGCAUCGGACUGGAAUCGAGUGUUUGUUAUGCAGAAGCGUGCCGUCCGCAUUAUGGCCGCUUGCGACAAGGGCAGCCCGGACCACCGCCAGCAGUCCACAACGGAGACCAACGGUUCAACCCACAACCACCGGAUUGCGAAGAAUGUUGAAGCACCCACGGUCACAGAGACUGCUACUGCACCACCUAGCAAUAGCAUCAGCAGUACUAGCAGUAGUAGUACUAACACGGUUCUAACUGCUAUGGCGGGAGAUAAUACAAUCUUCUUUGCUACUGCCAAGAUGUUGAUUCGGGACAGUUCUGGUGUCUUCCGCCCAGUGCGUGCGCUUCUGGAUGGUGCUAGUGCAUGCAACCUUAUAUCGAAAUCUUGUGCUGAAAUGCUAGGGUUUGAGACUUCUGGCCAACACACUGUGUUCGGCAUUGGUAACUCGCCCAAUCAAACAUUUGGCUCACUUUCAUGUGAGAUCAAGCCAAUGGGUAAUAAACCCUCUUCGCUGAGUACUAAACUCGAAGCUUUCGUUCUGUCGCCGGUAUGUGCUGACCAACCUCCACAGCCUGUCGAUUCGUCGGGGUGGUCGCACACCAGAAAUUUAUCGCUGGCUGAUCCUGAUUUCGCCCGUCCGGCGCCGGUGGACUUGUUGCUUAACGCACAGGUCUUCGUUUCGUCGUUGUUGCCCGGUAUACGGCGCGGGGAGCCUGGACAGCCUACUCUGUUGAAAACCAUCUACGGAUGGGUCGUUAUGGGUGAGUGUGACGAAAGUCAGCUCACAUCAAGCGCUCUCGUAUCGUCUCGCAAUAAUAAUAAACAUUGUUUUUUCGUGUCGAGUCCUUCGCAAAUUUUGUCGCUCGACGAUUCUAUUAAAAAAUUUUGGGAAUUAGAAAACGUUAGUUCUCCAACUAAACCUUUCGUAUCUGAGGAGGACCAACGCUGCGAAGACUAUUUUCGUGAAAAAUACUAUCGCAAUGAAGAAGGCAGGUUCGUAGUUCCAUUACCAUUUGUCGAUCCCACGAACAAACCUACCUUCCUCAAUUCACGCGAAAUCGCUCUCAAGCGGUUCACGUCGUUGGAACGCAAAUUGAAUUCCAACCCUGAGUUCAAAAGGGCGUAUGUGGAAUUCAUGAAUGACUAUGAGUCUCGAGGUCACUUGGAGGAAGUGGAACCUCCUUCAACAAGUGAAGGCCACUUCUACUACAUACCUCACCAUGGUAUUCUGCGCGACUCCGUCACAACUCCUCUUCGCGUAGUUUUUGACGCAAGCGCUAAGGACGCCAACGAGACGUCCUUAAACGCUACCCUUCUCGCUGGGCCCAAGCUUCAGACCAACAUUUUCGAUCUGCUCACACGCUUUCGUUGGCAUGCCGUCGUCUUCACAGGUGACGUGAGACAAAUGUACAGGCAGAUACUGGUUCCUGAAGAGGACGCUGAAUUUCAGCGCAUCUUGUGGCGGCCCUCGGCUGUCGGUCCUGUGCGCGACUAUCGUCUUAAAACGGUCACUUACGGGGUUUCUGCUGCGCCAUUCCAGGCUCUUCGUACAAUGGCUCAACUUGCCAGUGAUUCUGCAGCCAGCUACCCAGGUGGUUCAACCGUUCUCGCUCGUGACAUCUACGUCGACGACGUCGUCACCGGAGCGGAUUCUGUCGAACAGGCGCGUUCGCUUCAGGCGGAACUUACGAAAAUAUUGUCGUCGGGGGGUUUCAUCUCAGGAAGUGGACCUCCAACAGUAGUGAGUUCCUGGAGAGCCUUCCGUCUUCUGAUCUCAUCUACUCCCAACGGUCGAUGCACAAAGCGCUCCAUUCUCUCUGAGAUAGCUAGGAUCUUCGAUCCAUUGGGUUUCCUCUCGCCUGUAACAUUCCUCGCCAAGUAUCUGAUGCAGUUACUUUGGGUUUCGGGCGUUUCCUGGGAUGGAGAUGUCCCGGAAAGCAUCAGGCUGGAAUGGCAGGAAUUCAAAACUCAACUCUCGUCGCUGAGUGCUGUAUCUGUGCCUCGCCGUUUAGUCGGGAAAUUCGACGUGCUACAUCUCCACGGAUUUUGUGACGCAUCAGAAUGUGGCUUCUGUGCCGUAAUCUAUUGCCGUACAGUAACUGAGGAGGGCGACGUCGACGUCCAUCUAGUGUGUGCGAAAUCCAAGGUCGCGCCGCUACGUAAAUUGUCAGUGCCGCGUCUCGAAUUGCUCGCAGCAGUUCUGCUGUCGGACUUGAUGGCUUCUUUGAUGGCUCUUGGCUUGGAGGCUUUGAAGCCUUUCCACUCGGUAGAUAGAAUCAACGCGUGGUCUGACUCUAGCGUUGCGUUGACUUGGAUAAAGUCUUGCCCUUCCAAGUGGAAAACUUUCGUGGCUAACCGCGUGAGCCACAUCCAGGAGAUUAUUCCUCCUGAUUGUUGGCGACAUGUGAGGACUGGCGAUAACCCAGCCGACUGUGGGUCGCGGGGCCUCUUGCCGAACGACCUGGUCCACCAUAGUAACUGGUGGAAGGGUCCAUCUUGGCUCGUGCUGGACAAGUCUGACUGGCCUAAGUCAACGUUAUCAGUCGACGUGGAUGUCCUACACGAAGAGCGCAAGGUGACUGUCCUCACUGUCUCUUUGCAGGAGACGUGGACAUACAACCUAAUGAAUAAGUUCUCGGCACUGAGGACAGUCCAACGUGUCCUCACCUAUUGUCUUCGUUUCGUGCACAACGUGAGAAAUCGGAAGACGCCCAACAACUUGUUGGACGGUCCUUUAACACCCCUGGAGAUUAAACAGGCGCUUAUGUUCCUCGUGCGUUCUGUUCAACAACACCACUUACUUUGCUUCGGAGAUCGAGAAACAUUUAAGAAAUUGUCUCCAUUCCUCGAUGACGCGGGUCUCUUGAGGGUGGGCGGACGCCUGUCGCGAGCUUCUCUCGAAGUCGAUGUUAAACAUCCCCUGUUGCUACCUCGCGACGACCGUCUUACCUCCCUCUUGAUCGACGAGUACCAUAAGCGUUUCAUGCACCCAGGCGUCCAGACGCUUCUUAAUUUGCUGGCGCAGCAUUUCUGGAUACUGUCCCCAAAGCGAGCUAUCCACGCAGUCACGUCAAAAUGCAUGAAAUGCUUCCGUGUUCGACCACUCGGUGCUCCUGCGCCGUUCAUGGGCGACUUGCCGUCUUAUCGGGUAGCCCAGCUCAAAGCGUUCCUGAGUGCUGCUGUCGAUUUCGGGGGACCUUUUGACAUAGCUCUGGGUCGCGGACGAGGCAACAAGACCUACAAGGGUUACAUUUGCGUUUUCGUGUGCACCUCGACAAAGGCUGUACACACGGAGCUCGUCACUGAGCUGUCCUCAGACGCGUUUCUCGCCGCGCUUCGCCGCUUCGUCGCGCGUCGUGGUCGGUGUAACCGGUUGGUGUCCGACCAGGGGAAGAAUUUUGUCGGCGCGAGCAAUGUUCUGCGACGUCUUGUAGGAGAUGCUGCGACGCAUAGUGAGAUUAAGUUCGAGUUUAAUCCGCCAGGCAGCCCUCACUUCUCAGGUCUCGCUGAGGCCGGUAUCAAGGCUGUUAAAACACAUUUGGCUCGAGUUAUCGGUAGUCAGAGGUUGACGUACGAAGAGUUUCUAACCAUCUUGACCCAGGUCGAGGCUCUUCUUAAUUCGAGACCCCUUACUCCUCUCAGUACCGAUCCCAACGACCUGACGGCUCUGACUCCCGGUCAUUUCCUCACCACGGAGCCCCUGUCGGUCGUGCCUGAGGAAGACCUAUCAGACGUUCGGGUUAGCCCUCUCCAACGCUGGAAGCUGCUUCAGAAGAUGCACCAGGACUUCUGGAAGAAAUGGUCGAAGGAGUAUAUGCAUACUCUCCAGCAGCGGAUGAAGUGGCACGAUAGGCAGCCCAACGUCCAAAUUGGUGCACUAGUGCUCGUUGUGAACGAGCAGACGAGCCCAAUGAAGUGGCCCUUGGGUCGCAUCAUCGACACACAUCCCGGAUCCGAUGGGAUCUGUCGUGUGGUUACUGUGCGCACAGCCACAGGGUCGUACAAACGGCCUGUGGUCAAACUGUGCCCACUGCCUGCGUAG